UGAGGAAGUUGUGAAGGUGCCUCGCAAACGGAACGUCCGCGCAGUUUAGAAUCUGUCACCCGAUCGGAAGGUGCUACAAACGCUUAAAAGGAGCUCUCCACUUCUCUCGCUCUCAAUAAACAAUUGAAAUAUAAACUCAACCAUGAAAUCAUCCAUAAUAAUCGAAGCUUCCUUCCUGCUCAUCUGCUGGACUCAAGCUGUCAGCAGUCAUGUGUUUGGCUACUCGGAGCCCAAUCAGCGGCGCUGGGCCCGGCAUCAUGGCCACUGUGCCGGCAAGACGCAGUCGCCCAUUGCCAUCACCACGAGCAGGACCGUACCCGUUCAUAUGCCAGCCGUGGAUAUGAUUGGCUACCACAACCUACUGCCGUAUCCCCUGAAAUUGGUCAACAACGGACACACGGGUAAGGCGAAGCUGCCCGGCGAAUUCGAGGUGGAGGGCCUGCACUUCCACUGGGGCGACAAGAACAAUCGAGGCUCCGAGCAUGUCAUCAACGACAUCCGCUACACCAUGGAGAUGCACAUUGUGCAUCGCAACAAGAAGUAUGCGACCAUUGGGGAGGCGCUCAAUCAUCCCGAUGGCGCGGCCGUGCUCGGAUUCUUCUUCAAUCUGGAUGAGGACGAGGGUCAGGGCUUGGUCACCAUUAAUCGUCAUCUGCAUUUGAUAGCCGAUGCCAACCAGGAGGCCAGCCUCAAUGUCACCUUCUCCCUGUCCUCACUGAUAGCCGGCGUUGAUGUGGACAAGUUUUACACCUACAAGGGUUCGUUGACAACGCCGCCCUGCUCGGAGGCCGUCACCUGGAUCCUGUACUCCGAUCCCAUACCAAUCUCCCCCAAGCAAAUCUCUCGCUUCCGUCAGCUGUCGGACACGCAGGAUGGCGCGUUGGUGGACAACUUCCGCACGCUGCAGCCGGUGGGCAAUCGCCGGAUCUUUGCACGCACCGGACACGUGCGGCACACCUCGAUUGCGGCCCUGAAGCACGAGGGCGACUAUCUCAAGUACGAUUGGUUCUACUGAACUCGCACGAGCAGGAGCAGGACCAGAAGCUGGAGCUGGAGCACUGUGCCAUGCCAUGUUAGGUUACCAUUUAAGUUUAGCAUUUAUUAUCUUACACUAACAAUUAGACGUAACACUCCAUCCACGGCAGGAUGUACAUUAAAACAAAUACUCUUCCUACGCGA